AUUCAGAGUACUGGUCAUUGUAAACAUCACUUUUGCGCGGCACUUUAGUUGGUUUUGCGUUGGCAUCUGAACAACAUUUCAAUAUGCGAACAGAAUUAUUUUUCGCUCUUUUCCUGUGGGUUUCUGGCUGUCGAAGUGAGCCUUUGUUUGAUCGGAUCGGCAAUGGCUAUUACUAUAUUGGCAAUGAAAAGACUGCGGGGCAUUACUUUGACUGGUUCAUCGCGAGGCAAGAUUGCUGGCGCAGAACGUCAACACUGGUGUCCGUGGAGACGAGGGAGGAGCUGAGGAGCCUGGAGCAAUAUAUCGUGUCUAGGGGCUUUCCCGAUGGCAGCACUUUCGCCACCUCGGGCCAUAGUUUCAACAGCGCGAUACCCUUUUCCUGGGAGGGAGUGGAUGAGCCGCUGACCUUCACCAAUUGGCUGCCUGGCACUCGACAAGAGGAGAUAUUUAUAUAAACAUUAAGUUGGUUUCUACGGCAGCAAUAUGAUCUGUAUACUUUAGACUUUAGGAAAAGUCUGUCAGUACAAUACCAAAAAGUUAUAUUUCCCUUCGGGUCUAUAAAUCAUGAAAACAGCAGUCGUGAAGCUUUAGUUCAUUGAGAGCCACUGGUGAAAAUGAGUACGCUUGACAAAUCCUUUGUGGGUCUAACGGGCUUACUGCUCCUCACGGCCGGAUACAUUUAUAUCUUUAAGGACAGCUGGCAACCUCUCUGCUCUAAACCUUUUGUGAAGAUUGGAGAACGCUGUUACUUCUUUUCCUCCAACAAGGCGCCCUCCUAUGAAUACUACAGAAUGGUCUAUAAGGAUCGCGAACUCAGCGUUCCUGUUAUAAUGGACUGGAUGCACGCGAACUUUGGAUGUGAGAUGAUUGACCCGCAGUCUCGGCUGGUGACUGUUCGCAGUUUUCAGGAAAUGCGACUCAUAUCCGACUUUAUGCGAUAUGGGGCCCACGCCCAGACACAUUCCGUUUUCUGGAGCGGUGGACAUCGGGGAAGAUUGUCGGAUCCGAAGGAUGUCGAUCAUGGAACCUUGGUCGACUUCUACUGGCACCAGGAUCCCCACCCGAUGAACUUCACCAAUUUUUUGGCCACAGAGCCAUCGCCCCGCAAGUUUGCGAAUGGCUUCUGUGUCUAUUUGGAGUUUACGGGGGAGGAGCUGCUGAUGGGUGUCGAAAAAUGUGACAGAAAAAUAGCAUUUGUCUGCGAACUGAACUGAUAGUAAGAAUUAUAAAUUUUUUUUCCUCUCUUUUAAAAAAACUUCUCUUCUAUGCUCUUUUAGAGCAUAAACAAUAAAAAAAUUAUCAAAUUCAUAAGCAAAGUUCAAACUGAUUUGAGUUACGAACGGAAUAUAUAGGUCUAGGUCAAAUGCAUCUUAAAAAUAAAUUGAAAGCUGAUUAUGAUUAUUGGUUUCUCAUAGAAGUUGUUGUUUUUGUAUAUUUAUCGCUUUUUUAGUUUCCUUAUUUUUUAUUUUUUAUAACAAUGAUUUAUUUUUAAUCUGUAUUUUAUUGAACUCUGCUUUGUUAACGUGUUGUUCAACGUAAAACAUAUAUACUUAAGAUGAUUACACGUAACGUCUAGAUUCAAAGAUUAACACUCAAGAAAGAACAAAGAACUAUUAUAUAUUGCAAUUAGCACAUUCCAUUUUUAUUUACAAUUAUUAUAUAAGCAAUCAAGCAUUUUUAAUUUUUUUUUUAAUUCUAUAUAGUUCUUGCUUAUGCCAGCAAGUUUCCUGCGGUUUUGAUAAACUAUUAUCAAAACGAAAAAAGAACACAAAGCGAAGCAAAAAUCGGUGCCCACUUACUGUUUGUUUUAUAAAAAAGCUAAAUAUUAAACAGAUAACUUUUUAUU